UUCUGUCGAUUCGCGCGCGUGUAGUCGACAACACGCCUGCAAACAGCUCCGUGUCUAUGGUCAAUUUUGACAGCUCGCGCAUCUGGCGUUGUCGUAUUUAUACUCGAAUAAACAGAAGUUUGGUCAACUUUUCGUAAAAUAAAAUCAUAAAUCGAAAACUGUCGGGUCGAGGACGAGGACAAGUGUCCCCCGGCCGCGAGUGGCAUUCGACGUAUCUUCGCCCCGGACCUUCCGAAAAUACCAUCGUCGAACAGGUGUCUCGAACGAAAUGUGUGCUAGUUCCCAGCGUAAUUAACUGACGAGGGGCGUGAAUAAUACAAAAGUGUAUCGAUCGACGAGAUAAUCGGACCCGGGGGCGACGUUGUUUUGGUGGAAUCUACCCCGUGGGCGCGCGCCCUUCGUUCGAGGAGCAGGGAGGACGCUUAAGCCGCGUACUGGCCUGCCGGCGAUGUGCCAUAGGAGAAGUGACGCCAGCUAGGGAACGGGAGCAUCAUUGUGCGCGACCCGGGACCGGGUGCGCGCUAUGCGGGCGGCAGCAAGGUGAAGGCAGCCGUGGCGAGCAUGCCGCACCAGUUCGGCGGGGCGGGCGCGGGCGCGCUGGCGGGCGGCGCCUCGCCGCCGGCGCAGCACGCGGCGCUGUUCCCGCGGUACGCGGGCGCGGCCGGGCCCGGCGCCGGCGCCUACCGCCCGGAGGAGCGCCGCCUCACGCGCGAGGCCAUGGAGCGCUACCUGCGCGACCGAUCUGACAUGGUCGUCGUCAUCCUGCACGCUAAGGUCGCACAAAAGUCUUAUGGUAAUGAAAAACGGUUCUUCUGCCCACCACCCUGCAUCUAUCUGUUCGGAGACGGCUGGCGACUGCGGCGCGAGCGCAUGCUGCGCGAGGGAGAGACUGAGCAGGCAGCACAGCUGUGUGCCUUCAUUGGCAUUGGCAACUCUGAUCAGGACAUGCAGCAGCUGGACCUCAACAAUGGCAAGCAGUACUGUGCCGCUAAGACUUUGUACAUAUCUGAUUCUGAUAAAAGGAAGCAUUUCAUGCUGUCGGUGAAGAUGUUCUAUGGUAAUGGCCAUGACAUUGGUAUAUUCAAUAGUAAAAGAAUAAAAGUAAUAUCUAAGCCAUCUAAAAAGAAGCAAUCUCUGAAGAAUGCAGACUUGUGUAUUGCAAGUGGAACAAAAGUAGCCUUGUUCAACAGGCUGAGGUCUCAGACCGUGUCCACCAGAUACCUGCACGUGGAGAAUGGCAACUUCCAUGCAUCCUCCACACAGUGGGGAGCGUUCACCAUCCACUUGCUGGAUGAUAAUGAGAGUGAGUCGGAGGAGUUUGCUGUUAGAGACGGAUAUGUACACUAUGGCUCCACUGUGAAGCUUGUGUGCUCAGUCACAGGCAUGGCACUACCCAGAUUAAUAAUAAGAAAGGUGGACAAACAAAUGGCCUUACUAGAAGCAGAUGACCCGGUAUCCCAGCUUCACAAGUGUGCGUUCUACAUGAAGGACACUGAACGCAUGUAUCUAUGCCUCUCGCAAGAACGAAUAAUACAGUUUCAAGCCACACCGUGCCCUAAGGAGCCAAAUAAAGAGAUGAUCAAUGACGGAGCAUGCUGGACAAUCAUCUCCACUGAUAAGGCUGAAUAUCAGUUUUAUGAAGGAAUGGGGCCUGUCAGGUCGCCAGUAACACCAGUGCCACUAGUCCACUCCUUAAACUUAAACGGAGGCGGUGACGUAGCCAUGUUGGAGCUGGCUGGUGACAACUUCACGCCGUCUCUUCAAGUGUGGUUCGGCGAUGUGGAAGCAGAAACUAUGUACCGGUGUGCGGAGUCCAUGUUGUGUGUCGUGCCUGACAUCUCGCAGUUUAGAGGACAGUGGCUUUGGGUGCGACAGCCUACGCAGGUACCAGUGUCGCUGGUCAGGAACGACGGCAUAAUAUACGCGACGGGCCUAACAUUCACGUAUACUCCUGAGCCCGGGCCUAGGCCCGUGUGCGCCCCCGUCGACGACGUGAUGCGACCAGACACCGCCGCCGGCUGGCACCACGAUGCUCACAACACCCACAGACUACCAGACAACACUCUUCAAUAGCCAAUGGACUGCAGGCUGGACGAAGACAGUCUGCAGUUAUAAUUUACUCUGUGGCAACUAAAAACUGUGUUAAUGUGACCCAAAGAACGCCGUCUCGUGUACCACACAGACAUAUGGUGAGUGACUCAAAGACAGUAAUUGUAUAAUUUCGAUAGUGCCUAAUGUCUAUUCAUCAUAGCAUGAUCUCUAGCUUGUGCUAGAAGUGGGUAAUAUUUUUGAAAAAAACGUAUUUUAAGUCGUUCAAGUGAAAUGGUAUGUUCUAUACGUAUUGUAUGCUGUUACAAACAGCGUAGUUUUUAUUAGCGCAUGCACUUUGCGCAAGUGACAUAACCUGCUUGUUGAGGUACCUUCAGGAGGGGGAAAUGUACAAUAGAAAAUGUGUAGCUCAUUAGUUUGUGCAAUAUUAAACAAUUUACUUUUGUGACUGAUUUCCUACUGACGAUGUCAGACAGAUAUUUGUAUCAAACCUUUUCUGAAGAUGUGACUCCAUGUCACCUGAAAAAGCGAAUUAGUGUACUAAUAUGAGAGUUACGUUUAACAGAUCAUGUUAGGGUCUAUAGAUUAUAGAAAGCUUUAUAAUUAAAGAAAGUGCCACUUCGCGAGUUUGCUUUGCUUGGGAGCUUAGGACCGCAGGCGCUAAACAAUAUGUGGACACUAUAAUGUGUGCCUAAAUAUAUCUAAACUAUAUGUUUGUAUAUCUACGAGAUUAUGACACCAAAACUAUGAUUAAGGUUAAAAAUCAGCAAUAAAAAGCAAGUUGUGACAACAGUACCAUAGUAGAAGUGGAAUAUGUGAUAAAUACAAUACACGAUGGCAUUUUAUUUGGCAACUUGUUAAUACAAAAUAUACUCUAAGCUUAUCAAAAUAAGGUGUAUUUUGUAUUAACAAAUAGACGUCAAAUUUGGUGCCAGCACAAGAUAUGGCUCUACUAGUGUUAUACUUGUUGUUAAUUCGAUUGAUUUCUUUUAUUUUACCUUGGGUAUGCAUUAUAAAAUAUGCGAAUUUCUAGAGUAACGUCUAAUAGAGCUGUAACUGUCCUAUAACAUAUUCUUUGUUUCACACGGUUAGCGGAUUGGAAGUAGGCCAAAUACGACACUUGUUAGAAAAUCAAUAAGUGCAUAAAUUUCCAAGAAAAAAGGUAUUGUUACACCGUCGCUCAACUAUUGUAAAAUUAUCUAAAAAGGCUUGAUUUAGAUAAUUUACUAGGCCUACCAAUCUCUCUGAGAUUCAAUUUGGUAAUGAGGUUUUAAAUACACAGGCUUAAAUUAUAGCCAUUGUUCAUUUUGUUUAUGAAAGUUAUUGUAAUUUUUAUUAAAGAAAUUGUAACCAAAAUCAGGGAGAGAUUAUUAACAAUUUCCAAUUCGCUAACUAGUGUUCUCCACUUACUUACAUAUUUUACUACCAGUAGGUAACUGCUAGUCCUACUUAAUUUGAGCAAUUAUUCGCCCUUUCAAAGCGCUUACCACAGCUCAUUUAUUUACAAUUGCGAACAGUGCUCAACAAUAUAUUGCUUUUGAACACUGAGGUAUACAGGGAGGUAGUUCCUACUCCGGCAUUUAAUAUACACCAAUUUAAAAAUAGUUCGUUCAUUGUCAUCGUCAUAAAAAGAGAUCUCUCUGCUCUUAGAUUUGUUUCUGUGGGGCCAAAUAGUUGUAAUAUCCAUGACAAGUCAUUGCGUUUAUACUAUAAUACUAUUCUAAUUAAAGUUAAAUAUUAUUAAUACGUUUGGGUAAAGGAAAAUGAAUUCUACGAGAUUGAGUUAAGAGUGAUUUUAAUGUUAUUGGUUUGUAUAAAUUAAGUAGAUAACCUAGAAUAUUAGUUUAUUACAAUCGAGUUAGAGAAGAGCCAAAUAAGUCCUUUUAUCUCAGAAUACUUGAUAUAGUAUUUUUCUCUUAUACAUUAGUGUUUAUACCUACUAUUUUAUUUGCUUCUGUGAGUGCAAGUCGAUCGGUCUCAAUGUGUAUGCACAAUUUAUCUAAUCACUACACUUUGUUGACGAUAAUAAUAAAAUCCAAUUAUUGACACGUAGCUGUCACUGUACGUAUGUAUAUUACGGAGAUUUUAAACGAACAAUACAUGUAGUUUAGUAGCUAGCGUUAGUCCAUAGCAGUACGGGCUCUGCACAUCGAGCGCGAUGCGAUACACAGCGACAACGUACCACUUUGUACGCAAACGUAGCAGAUUUCAUAGAAUGUCUCAAGAAGAGCGUCGCUCGCGCGUUUUUCCGCACGUCACGCUCGAUCUGCAGACCCCCAAUAAUUAAAUGAUAAAGAAUACUGAAAUUAUAAAUUUAAAAAUUCUAUUUAUUUUAUGCCAAUAUAAUUUCUUUUGAAAAUGUAUUGUUUUAAAAACGGAUUUGAUGUGUAUUUUUAAUAAAACGUGUGAUUUCGAACAUUCCAUGUGGAAAGUGUAAUAAGAAGUACAAAAAAUAUCAAUAUUUUUGUAGCAAAACGUUGAAUUACGAUAUAAUCUUAUGGAAUUGGUAAAGUUACAGUAUUACAAGGAAAUUAGUAUUAAACGCGAUGAAUAGACAGUAAUAAUGUCGUCAAUUUUGUAAAGCGAUAAGUAAAUGAUUUGUCAUUUAAAAAUACUGUUUACUCCUUUUUAUCAUUUUACAUUUGGUAUUUCUAUAUUUGGAAAUGGUCAUAUUGAAGUGGAGACUGCCCGGCCAUCGUAUUGUGAACCGGCUGUACAACGCGUUGAUGAUAUUCGGAGCAGUGAUUCUGAAAUAUGAGUAAAUAUUUUUUAAUAAAAUUGAAUUUAAAUAA